AUCGUUCGUCUUUAAAUGUCAGAUCGUGGGUACAGAUCGGGAAAAUGAUAAUUUUCGUCGUUUCGUUGCAGAGGAGCUCGAUAUCGCCCGGUGAUAAAUAUAGUCGUCCGCGUACACCGCAGGAGACGCAUCAUUCCCAUCAUUCUCAGAAUCACCAUGACCAUCCCAUGCACAUCAAGAAGAUGAAGAAAGAGCAGGACAAGGACAUCGGUCAUAGCGACGGCGAGAAGAGCGACCAGGACCUCGUGGUGGACGACGCGAGCGAGGGGCCGACGAGUCCCGUGGUGAACGGCACGACGUCGCCCCGGGAGAACGGGCUGGACAAGGUGGCGCCCAUAGGCGCCGGGGUGCAGACGAAGAAAGACGUGCCGCCCCACUCGCCGAGAAGCGGGACGAGCAGCAACGCGAGCACACCCUCGGCCAAGAAGAUGGAGGAGCGCGAGAAGCCGACGACGCCCAUCUCGAAACCCCUGACACCGACCUCCGGUUCCGCGAUCGGUGGCGGUUUGAAGCCAUCCGGCUCGGCCAAGCUGCUCCAGGGACCGCCGCCCCCCGGCGUGCCCAGCGCUUAUCCACCGCACUACGCCCCGGGUCCACCCCCUCACCAUCUGGCACCAGCUGGCCAGCAUCCUCACGUCGACAUGAUGGGUUAUAACGGCUACGUGGCGCCCAGAGCGCCACCUUCCCUCCAACAGCUCUACGAUCCCCACGUGGCCAUGAGGGCCCCCAUGGGAUCCGUCGGGGUGCCCGGAGGCAAACCCGCGUACAGUUUCCACGUGUCGAGCGAGGGCCAGAUGCAGCCGGUGCCCUUCCCACCGGAUGCGCUCAGCGGGCAAGGGAUACCGCGUCAUGCGCGGCAAAUUAAUACCCUCAGCCAUGGGGAGGUGGUGUGCGCUGUCACGAUCUCGAAUCCGACCAAAUAUGUGUAUACCGGCGGCAAGGGAUGCGUCAAGGUUUGGGAUAUAGGGCAAGGUGGCACAGGUAGCACCAAGUCCGUGUCCCAGCUCGACUGCCUUCAACCUGACAAUUACAUCAGGUCAGUGCUCUUCCGUUCUUAUAUUUCACUCUCUCUCUUUUUAUACGCUCGAAUUAAACACGCAAACAAUUCAAACUUCCUUAGAUCAUUAUAAGCGUUUAAUUAUUUAUUAUUUAUUUAUUAUUUCAAUUUUUUCCUUAUUGCGAUCAAGAUACUCGUUUAUAUAUAUAGAUACACUGUUCAAAUACUGUUCUAAAUUAUACUACUAUUUUCUGGGGGG